ACGUCAUCGCCUACGCCGUGAUUGGCGCAGGUGACGCGCUGUGCUGUGGUCACGUCAAACUUCGUCCCCCUUGUGGAGCCAUGCGCAUUGACGCUUGUUGUCGUGCUGGCGGAGCGGCUCGCCAUGGCUAGACCGGGCCCGGGACCCCGCUGAGACCGAGAGAGAGCGAGGACCUCCCCCUUCCCUUGUCCUCCGCAUGGAGGGCACCGACAUGGACGUGGACGCGGAGCUCAUGCAGAAGUUCAGCUGCAUGGGCACCACGGACAAGGACGUCCUCAUCACGGAGUUCCAGAGGCUGCUGGGCUUCCAGCUCAACCCCGCCGGCUGCGCCUUCUUCCUGGACAUGACCAACUGGAACCUCCAGGCGGCCAUUGGCGCAUACUACGACUUUGAGAGCCCCGGCAUCAACACGCCCUCAAUGUCUUUUGUUGAGGACGUGACAAUCGGCGAAGGCGAGUCGGUCCCUCCAGACACACCCUUCACAAAAACCUGGAGGAUACAGAACUUAGGGGCAGAGUCGUGGCCGCCCGGCGUGUGUCUGAAGUACAUCGGCGGGGACCAGUUUGGCCACGCCAACACGGUCAUGGUGAAGUCUUUGGAGCCACAGGAGGUCGCAGAUGUGAGCGUGCAGAUGAGAAGUCCCGCCUCACCUGGCAUGUACCAGGGCCAGUGGAGGAUGUGCACGGCCACCGGAUUGUUCUACGGAGACGUUAUCUGGGUGAUCCUCAGCGUUGAGGUGGGUGGCCUCCUGGGCGUCACCCAGCAGCUGUCCUCUUUCGAGACGGAGUUCAACACGCAGCCGCAGCGAGACAUGCAGGAGGACUUCAACCCCUUCGCCUCGCCGCAGAAGAACAAGCGCGAGACGGGAGACCGCAGCAUCGGCGGGGGCGGCGCCUGCGAGUGCACGCCGGAGUCGGCGCCGCAGGAUGAAAACGGGCCGUCGCACAACGUCCUCAACAGGACGUCAAACGGCCUCUAAGCUAAGGUGUCGGCAGGGACCCGUGGCCAGGGUGACCCUUUCCUGUCGGACUGAGCGAGAGACACAAACGGACCUCAAAGGGGGCGGGGACAAACUGUUUUCUAAAGACUCUCACCACACCCCCUCACUCUCCGCCCUCUUUCGCCAACCAGACGAUGCACGCGGGAACGUUUCUUUUUACGUAGAUUCCUUUUUUUUUUUUAUUUCCACCAUCACCGACCAUGACGGGUUGUUUGUGAGGGUCCGGGACAUCUCGUCGGGGUUCCCCCGCAAAGGUCAGGUUAGUCAUCGCACGGGCGUCUUUUUUUUUAUUUUUUUGAAGACGUCGGCCUUAAAAAGUCAAAGUACACAUCACAACAGCACCCAACCGAGUGUUAAUCACCUUCUUUGUUUCCACGCAGACUAUUGAGUCUUCUUUCUAGGAGGUGUUCCACCUUAAAGACCCAGUCGUCGUUUCAAAUCCUCCUCGCAGGUCACGGGAAAUAGUCCAGAAAUUGCUACGUAGGAACUUCCAAAGACUGAUACUAAACCCCUCCCCCCGAUGUCAUCCGGCCACAAGGGGGCCCUCUUGAGACUCCAUAGGAUGAUGUUUUUUUUUUGUUUUUUUUUUAAAGGUGGUCUUUGAUAAGUGUGUAAAGCAUACUUGCCAAACCUCCCGAAUUUUCCGGGAGACUCCCGAAUUUCAGUGCCUCUCCUGAAAAUCUCCCGGGACAACCAUUCUCCCGAAUUUCUGCGGAUUUCCAGCCGGGCCUGAGUGAGGGCAGCCUGUCGUCACGUCCGCUUUUCCUACAUAUAAACAGCGUGCCGGCCCUGUCACAUUAUAACAUCUACGCCUUUUGGAGAGGGCACAACUGCACACACAACAAGAAGGAGACUAUUAUAUAUGUCUCUGUUAUCCAUAGGUUUAUCUACAACCCAUAAAAUAGGCAGGCACGGAGCUAUUUCUCAGCAUGUGUUUAUUCCAGCCGGCACAUUAAUACACUGACACACAACAUCCGGAAUCCCAUCAUGCAUUGCUUCAAAACUACGGCAAGUAGUAAUGUCCAAAAAAAAGAUUGUGACAGAGAAUAGAACUAGGAUGGACAAUUCAACCCUAAACUCACUCCUUUCCUGCAAAUGAAAUGUCACAGAUGCUGCCCAUACCUAUCCUCUUUCAAAGGCUGUGCUACUGGCUGCAAAGCAUUGCACUUUUAAAUACAACAAUGAGUAGAGAGGAGUGUUAUGUGUAUGUAUAUGUGUAAAUAAAUGAACGCUGAAAUUCAAGUAUUUAUUACAUAUAUAUAUAUAUAUAUAUAUAUAUAUAUAUAUAUAUAUAUAUAUAUAUACUAGGGGUGUAACGGUAUGUGUAUUUGUAUUGAACCGUUUCGGUACGGGGGUUUCGGUUCGGCACGCGGGCAUACGGAACGAGUUUGUAAGAAUAAUUCUUCACAAGCUGCGCUGCUUUCUGCCUCUGUCUAAACAGCAAGCAUUGUCCCGCCCACACAACCAUCUGAUUGGUUACAUACAAAGCCAAUCAGCAGUGCAUAUUUAGAGCGAUGUAACAGCCAAUCAGCAGGGCGUAUUCAGAGCGAUGUAGUCAAUGCUUCAGCAUGGAGCAGAUAUUCUUUUAGAAGGGGAGCAGUGGACUCUCCCCAAAUCAUAAAAAACGCUUCCUAGACACAACUAUUAGAAACAUCACUAUGAGCCCGUUGACCUUCUAGAAACGUAAACUGCAGCUCAGCUCGCUCGCAGUUCUGGCUUGAGGUGAAGGCUAAUUAGCUUUUAGCGUAACGUUAACUCAUUUUGCGGUGUGUGUGCGCGCCUAGGUGCAUGCGUGCGUGUGUGUGUGCAAGUGUGUGCGUGUGUGCGUGUUAGUGUGUUUUUUGUGGCAGCAAAGCCCUGUCUGUUAUUUCAUUGAACUCCAUUGUGUUGCUAUAUUACUAUUUUUUCAGCUGUAGUUACAUGAAUCAUUAGUAAUGUAGCAGCCUAGUUUUGAAUGGCAGGAUCCAUGCUAUCACAUCUUGAUACAAAUAUAACAUUUACAUAAUAAAAGUCAACUACAGGCUUCCCAAAUGCUGUAAUAAAUUAAGCAUGAUGAGUUGACUUGAAACUGUUUAAUGUUGCACUUUUUAUAUGUAGAAGAAAGGUUUUGUCAUUUUAUUUAAUCAAAGCAACAACUUGAGGCAGUUUAAUGUUGAUUAACGUGGCCAGAAUUAUUAUUGUGUUCCCAGUGUUAAAAGGAUAAAGCCAUUGAUUACAAAUUUGGUAAAUAAAUAACCAAAAAAUGUAUAUUUUCUUGUUUUCUUACUGUACCGAAAAUGAACCGAACCGUGACCUCUAAACUGAGGUACGUACCGAAUCGAAAUUUUUGUGUACCGUUACACCCCUAAUAUAUACAUUUGUGUG